CCAUUGAACACUUUAAGACCUCAGGCUGGACAUUGUUCGCUCCGCAAGUCCAAAUCUCUUCUUCUCCACCAACCAACAGGAAAGUGCCCAUUGACAUUGACACAUACUAUCCCACCUACCUAUCCGUUUCCAGCACUGCUCAACUCAAACCAGCAUGGCACCAGUAAGCACUCGACCACUCCAAUGCCCCCUCCUCACCCAACACCCCAAAAAACAACCCAAGAUGUUCUGCCGGACCCAUCCACCUCAGCAUGUCCCGCCCACCCAGCGCGGCACACAACCCUCUUUCACCUUACAACCACCACCACCAACUCCACAGCCAAAGCUCCUCACCCACUCUCCUCACCACCAACCUCCUCUUCCCGGAAACCGACUCCUCCUCCACCAGAACCCGAGACCUCUCCUCCCCUCCGUCCCCAACAGCGUCCAUCGAGUCCUUCGACAUCCUCGACUCCAUCGCCUGGCGCCGCGGCCACGAUCACUACUCCCACCACAACUCACGCGGCUCGAGACGCACAUGCAAUGUCUUCGGGAGGAGAUGGAGCAGAGCACAUGUUAUCGCUGUGCUCCUCUUCUUCGCGCUGUUUCUGGUGGGGUGUGUGGUUGGCGGGUGGGCUGCUGCGCGGUGGGAGAAGGAUGGAAGGGUGAGGAAGGAGUGUGUGAGGAGGGGCGGUGGUGGGGAGAGGUGUUGGGGGAAAGGCGAGUGGGCUUGGGCUCAGUGUGUGGCGGGGAAUGGGGUGGGCUUUUGCGAGGGGAUGUUGUGAUGCUG